GAAGGGUUUGGGGAGGACGGCACUUUUCCUCACUGGAGAAUAAACAAAUUGACGGAGGCGGAGGGAACCCUUGACGCUUGAAUUCUCGAGCCGGGGUCCGAGGAUGCCCUUCUUUCUCGUCAACUCCGCGCCGGGCUCAUCUGCCAGGAGCCAGGGAGGGAAACAAAAGAAAGCAAGGAAAUACGCGACCAUGAAGCGAAUGCUUAGUUUACGCGAUGAAAGAUUAAAAGAAAAAGAUCGAUUAAAACCAAAAAAGAAAGAGAAGAAAGAUCCCAGUGCUCUCAAGGAAAGAGAAGUUCCCCAGCACCCGUCCUGCUUGUUCUUCCAAUAUAACACACAGUUGGGACCCCCUUACUACAUCUUGGUUGAUACCAACUUUAUCAACUUCUCUAUCAAAGCCAAGUUGGACUUAGUGCAGUCAAUGAUGGAUUGUCUGUAUGCCAAGUGCAUUCCCUGCAUAACUGACUGUGUAAUGGCUGAAAUUGAAAAACUGGGACAGAAGUACCGAGUAGCCCUGAGGAUUGCCAAGGACCCACGAUUUGAACGAUUACCAUGCUCCCACAAAGGCACAUAUGCAGAUGAUUGCUUAGUCCAGAGGGUCACUCAGCACAAGUGUUACAUUGUGGCUACAGUUGAUCGAGACCUUAAACGAAGAAUCCGGAAGAUCCCUGGAGUUCCUAUCAUGUACAUUUCUAACCACAGGUAUAACAUCGAGAGAAUGCCGGAUGAUUAUGGAGCCCCUCGAUUGUAACAUCAAGAGACUGAACUUCCUGUGAUGCCAGUCUGCAAAACACCAUUCUAGUCCAUUACUUGUCAUAUUGUAUAAAAUGGGGUUAUAGAGAUUGACUUUUUCGUCCUAUUCUGAAAUGAUUUUUGUAUCUUAAUGAAAAACUCAUUUAAUUUACACAUAAAUCACUUUUGUCUAGACAUUUCCAUAGACUCCGUUAUUCUUAUUGUCUGAUUCUUCUUCAUUGCUGGGUAAUGGGUUUUAAAUAAAUAUUUCUGUGAACUUUUCCCUUGCCUCUAGCGAAGCUGGUGCUAGGUAAAACUUUAUUAUAUUGGGAAUAAACAUAAAUGAGGAAAAUA